AGAAGACAUAUUUAAUCUGAAAAUGUUCGAGCUUCAUCCGUCGAUAAUUGAGAUUAGUGCGUAUAUCCAACAAUGUAAGAGAGUGCAGCUGGUUUUGUCCAUAUAUGGGACUUUGACGCGCAUAUAAAAUUGCCGACGAGGCUCAUGCCUGCCAUUGGUUCAACAACUUUGGAAGUUUCCGGAUUAUAAACUAGUGGAUCAUAUAAUAAAAUCUGAUUCUUUUAUGGGAGCCACAGAAAAACUAAUAUUAACAAAAUCUCCAUCUGGGAUUUGAGGAUGGGAUGGUAGCUAUAGUAUAGUCUUUGGUUUCUUCCAUCCAAAAAUGGUGCAGAGACUGUGUCUUAUGGCUUCUCAUACCUACCCUCCAGGCCUUGCCUUCCCCACAACACAUCAUAUCAAGGACUCUCAAACGUUCUUGCCUUCUUCUUUAGCAAAACCAGACAUGCUCAGUUAUCAGUGUCCUUUUCUUAAGCCAAGUCCAUCUCCAGAGUCGAUGAAAACCCAAAAUAAAUGGUUUGACGAUAAUCAGUUUGUCAAUGCUGAUUUCUCAGCUCAAUGGCCUGUAUCAACUGAUGUACAAGAAUCCUGCUCAAAUGCAGUACUUUUAGGCUUUGGCAUUGUUGAACAAUGCACCAAGCAUGAUAAAAUUUCAAAGCACCUAAAGUCCGGAACUGCUGAAUCGCGCAUAGAUGGUGCAAACAUCUCUUUGAUGUCAGACUUGAUGAAAUUGCAGUUAUCAGCAAUUGAUGAACCUCGGCAACCAUUUUCAUCCGACUCAUCAUCUCUUUUAUACCUUAAUGACAAAUUUGACAUCCAGAAGCCUUUGUUGUAUUUUCUUCAAGAUUCAGCCCUUACUUCGAAGAUUACAGUUCAUCUUGAUGGUCAAAUCACAUUUAUGGGUACUGAGAUUCAGAUGAAAGAUCUUCUUUCUGUAGUUGCUGAAUCAUACUUGUCAAAGAGCUUACAUAAGGUUGAAAAGCACUCAUUGCUUGUUCCACACUUCGGCAGGGUGAAAAUCAAUGAAGCAGAAGGACUGAAUCAUUCCUCUACAGUGAAGCAGACCUUAACUGCGCCUUUAAGGAGUCCAAAGAAAGUAAAAAACAAACCAUCACAAAAGAAGAACAAGAAAAUUGACAGAGAAAGAGAUCUCUACAAGAACUAUUCACAUGCAUGCGAGAGCCUUUUGUCCUUGAUGGUGAACAAGAAAAAACGUCGGAAAACAAUUAUUGCUUCGCUGAAGAAAUCAGGCCCUGAGCUUCCAGAGCUUCUUACACAAAUUUCUGCUGGCAUUGCUGGGACUGGCCUUGCUGUCCUAUUAUCUGUAAUCUGCAAGCUAGCUUGUGGAAGGCUUCUUCUUUCUGCAUCAAGCUUGUUCAACACCGGAUUGGGAUUUGGGUUGGUUUGGCUUUCUUGGUCAGUAAGUAAGCUAAGGGCCACAAUUGUUAGCAUCAGCAGACAUGCUGCAAAGUUGGGUUGGAAAGAAGAGGAAAUGAUUCAGAAACUCGAUAAGAGGAUUAGAGAUAUUUACUUUGGCUCCGCGGCAUUGUUAGCAUUGGCAGUGCUAAGUAUUGGUUGAGUAACAUUUCCCAAGACGCAGUUAUUUGUACUGUAAAUGACGAACGGUUAUCUGGGUGAUGCUCAAUUAUGUGGAUGUUGAAUACAGUGAUGGCUAAACAAUUCUACUAUGAAAUCUUUUAGGUCAUCAAUUGAUCAAAAUCGGUAUGUUGUAGUUAAUGUAUUGGGUUUCAAAUAACGCAGAAAGAAUUGCUUGGUAAUGUAGAUUGUAAUAUAUAAUUUUGCUAUGAAUCAAGCAAAAUGCUUUCUUUAGUACUUAAGCCAAGAAUAGUAACAUUAUAACAUAGGUAAAUAAUAAAUUGUCAAAAUUACUCGCA